UGUACUUGAGGACUACGAAAGCAGUUUUGUUUCCUCUUGAAAUCUUUGAAAGUCUAAUAACUACGGUUGUUUCUUGCAAACAGAGAAGUCAAAGCACGCCGCUGUCUGCUCUUUGCGCCCUUACUCAUAUUGCUAGCUAGCCGAGAACCUUCACAUCUCGAUAAUGGCUACCGUUCUGCCAAAGACCACUUACACCAAGGAGCUGUCUGGACCUAAUGAUGGUGUUAUGGGUGGCCCUGAUGCCAUGAGGCACGGGCCUGCACACGGUAUGCCACCCCCUGCACAUGCGCUGGAGACAUCAGAGAAGAAUUUCUUCAAGACGCAGAUGGCACAAGAAGAAGAGACCGUACGCAGUGCUCAGGGAGAGCAUGCUGUCAUGCGUAUGAAGGUCGAACGGUCCAUCACGUCCAAGCUUCAGCGACUCGGUCCGCUGCAAAGCUCGAUGGCGUCUUUUGAAGUUCUUCUCGGUUUGGACGAAGACAUCAGCUUUGAUGACACAUUGAACCACUCAUCAUUCGCCGAGCGCUUCCAGGAAUCAUCGUCUUCCCGCACUCAGCGUCUUGGCAAGUUCUAGACAACUACCUUGAUUGAUUUGCUGCCUCUACGUAUCCCGCCAGUACUAGAGUAUGACUGUGUACAGCACGCAACACGGCACACAUCACCCAUACAGCACCCAGCACACUGCACACUGCCCACUGCCAUGUAAGUGCAGUGAUUGCUUGCUUGCUGUUGAGUCAUGUCCACGUGAUGUGUGGCACAGUCACACUCCAUCAUGUUGUACAUACUACUGUGUGUGUUUAACUAGUUGCUUUCACUCGCGCUCUCAAGAAUCCAUGCACUGCGGCACUGUUUUUUAUUCAAUGCUCAAAUGAAAAUGUACCUUUUUGAAUGAUCCCCUUUAGCUCUGAUACUCAAUCUAUACGAAAGAUGUGGUCGUAUUGCUAUGCAGUGACGAACAUGA